GCUUCACAAUGUUUUGAGAAAGUACUAAAAGCCCAGUCGAACAAUUACGAAGCCAUGAAGAUUUUAGGCUCACUUUACUCCAGUUCUCCCGAUCAGACAAGAAAGGACACUGCGAAGGCACAUCUGAAGAAAGUUACUGAACAAUUUCCCGAUGAUUUGGAGGCCUGGAUAGAGCUUGCUCAGAUCCUUGAACAGUCUGAUGUCCAGGGGGCACUUUCUGCAUACGGAACAGCCACUCGUAUUCUCAAAGACACGGUCAAACAAGACGUUCCGCCCGAGAUACUCAACAACGUAGCAGCUCUGCAUUUCCGAUUAGGAAAUCUAACUGAUGCUAAAAAAUAUUACACUGCAUCAUUAGAACGUUCGAGGGCUGAAGCUAUGCAUGAUGAGACGUAUUUUAGUGCAAUAUCCGUGACAACCACGUACAAUCUUGCUCGUCUUCACGAAGCUACUCACGAGUACGACGAAGCCGAGAGACUUUAUAAAAAUAUCCUCCGUGAACAUCCCAACUAUGUCGACUGUUAUUUACGACUGGGAUGUAUGGCAAGAGAUAGGGGACAAAUUUACGAGGCCUCCGAUUGGUUUAAAGAAGCUUUACAAAUAAAUCAGGAUCACCCAGAUGCUUGGUCGUUGAUUGGUAAUCUUCAUCUUGCCAAACAAGAAUGGGGUCCGGGACAGAAGAAAUUUGAGCGUAUCUUAGCUCGACCAGCGACCAAGGACGAUGCAUAUUCUCUUAUCGCCCUGGUAACGUCUGGCUGCAAAACAUUACACAUGCCAAUGAAGGACAAGAUAAGGUAUCAAAAGCGUCAUCAAGAUCGGGCAUUGGCCAUGUAUAAACAAGUCCUUAGAAAUGAUGACAGAAACAUCUGGGCUGCCAAUGGAAUAGGUUGUGUACUUGCACAUAAAGGCUGUAUAAACGAGGCAAGAGACGUGUUUGCCCAGGUUCGAGAAGCUACAGCAGAUUUCUGUGAUGUAUGGUUGAAUAUUGCUCACAUCUACGUGGAACAGAAACAAUAUGUGGCAGCCGUCCAGAUGUACGAAAAUUGUCUGAAGAAGUUUUUCAAAUACCAUAACACAGAGGUGAUGGUUUAUUUAGCGAGGGCCUACUACAAAUGUGGAAAGCUGAGAGAAUGUAAAAAUAUUUUACUCAAGGCACGGCACGUCUCGCCCAGUGAUACUGUAUUGUUGUAUAACAUUGCCCUGGUACAGCAGAAGCUUGCGACGUCCAUAUUGAAAGAUGAAAAAAGUAACUUAAAAACUGUAUUGUCUGCCGUCAGAGAUUUGGAGCUAGCCCACAGAUACUUUUCUUACCUUAGUCAUCAUGGUGACAGGAUGAAGUUUGAUCUUGCCCAAGCUGCCACUGAGGCCAGGCAGUGCUCCGAUUUGUUGAGUCAGGCACAAUAUCACGUGGCUCGUGCAAGGAAGAUUGACGAGGAAGAGCAGGAGUUACGUAAACAUCGUGAGGAGGAACGUGAAGCCAUACGCCAGAAAUACAAAGAGGAACAGCUCCAGAAACAGAAGAAGAAGGAAGAGUUAUCGAAGAUGAUGAUGGAGAAGAGACAGAUUUACGUCGACAAAGCGAAACAGAUUGCUCUCGCACCAGAACCGGAAGAGAGACGGUCGACUAAGUCAAAGAAAAAACGAGCAGAUGAUGGAGAGAUCUUGUCUGAGGGAAGUGAAGAUGAACGGCCUAGAAGCAAGAAGAAACGAGGGCGUAAACCGCGUAGCGGGUCAGAUAGUGACGGUGAUGACGAGGAAAGGUCAAGUAAACGUAAAAGGAAGGAUAAAGGCGAUAGAAAGCCACGUGAGAGGAAGCGGAAAGAACCGAAAGAGUCUAAACGUAAGAAGAAGAUCCUUGAUGAGGACGGGCUGACCGCUAAACAGAGGAGAAAGAUCGUUUCAAAGGCAACCAUUUCAUCUAGUGAAGGGUCUGACUCGGAAGGUGAAAAGCUAAAAAUAGACGUUGGCGGCGAUAGUGGAAGUGAUGAUGAAGGUGGAAAUGUCGGUAAAAGGCGAAGGAUUUUGUCGUCCGGCAGCGAGAGUGAUGAAGGCUCAGUACAUAGAUCUAGGUCAAGGUCGCAAUCUGGAAGUAGGUCAGGAUCUGGAAGUAGAUCGAGAAGUCGAUCUGGAAGUAGGUCAGUCAGCAGAAGUAGGUCAAGAUCAGCGAGUGGGUCAAGGUCUGGCUCAGCUGGUUCAAGGAAAUCAAGGUCACGCUCUGGAAGUAGGUCAAGGUCAGGCAGUCCAGCAAGGUCAAGGUCAGGUAGUCCAGCUAGAUCUGGGAGUGGAAGGUCAAGGUCACCCAGUCCUGCUGGGUCACAGAGGUCAGGUUCAGGGAGUCCAGGUCAGAGGUCAAGAUCAGGGUCACCAGCAUCACCGGCAGGGUCAGGGAGUGGGGGAGAUUGAAAAAGUUAUAUAAAAUAUGAA